CUUUCUCCCUAUACUUCCUAGCAAUUGCAUAGACGUUGACUUUUUUCUGAACUCAUCUGUCGCUCAGCAUUUUCUAUUGAACUCAGAAAUACAACCCAAUAAUCAAAAUGUCCGCCGCCCCAGAACAAAAAGCCGCUCUACUCCCCCUCCUCAUCUCUAACAAAGUACUCUCAUUCGGCACCUACACCCUCAAAUCCGGCCGUGAAUCGCCCUACUUCUUCACCUCUUCGCUACUACACACAGCUCCUUUGCUCCGCGCCACCUCCGCCGCCUAUGCAAGUGUCCUCUCCGCCGCGCCCUUCGUUACUACCGCCGCAGACGGCACCACAACCCCCAAUUUCGACAUUAUCUUCGGCCCUGCCUAUAAGGGAAUUCCCAUCUGUGCGGCGGUCGUAAACGAGCUCGCUGUGCGCGACUCACUCGCUGGUCAGGCCAAGGGCACCUGGGACAACGUCAGCUACUCGUUCAACCGCAAGGAAGCUAAGGACCACGGCGAGGGCGGCAACAUCGUCGGUGCGCCGCUCAAGGGCAAGCGGGUUGUCAUUGUGGACGAUGUUAUCACGGCUGGUACGGCGCUGCGCGAGGCUGUGGGCAUCAUCGAGAAGGAGGGCGGCAUUGUCUCCGGAGUAGUUGUUCUACUGGACCGUGAGGAGCGGGUUAGUGAGAGUGAAGCGAAGAGUGCUGUUGGUUGUGCUCAGCGGGAUCUGGGCGAGAAGGUUCCUGUGCGUGCGGUUAUUGGUCUGCAUGAUUUGAUUGAGAAGCUGGGAAGUGAGAUCGGAGAGGGAGAGAUCCAAAGGCUGAAAGAUUACCGGGCGAGGUAUGGUGCCAAGUGA